CGCCAUGUAUCCGACCAUUAGAUCAGGACUGGCGAAGUUUGAUGUCAGCUUACCCGGGGAACUCCAGAAAUAUGUCAGCAAGUUAUUAAAUGAGUCAGCCAAACUUCACUUCCGCAAGCAAGGUACUUAACAUUGUUAAAAUAAGCUUGUAUUGGCUUUGAAACAUAUGUCCAGUUGUCUAUAUUCGGUGGUAAGAUUAUUGAGAAAUGCUGGGUUUGUGUAAUGGUCAAGGAAUUUUUCUUUUAACCCAGAUUUGUGAUCUAGUGUUGGGUUUUUUUCAUUCUCAGUAGACCUGGUACCUUAAUGUAAUCAUCAAAUGAGCUGCGCGGUCUAAUGCCCGUUCCUAAUAAGAAAAGAAAAGAUUUAUAAAUAAACCCCUUUAUGAAGGCCAUGCGCGGUUGCCCUGGCAGGGGCAUUAAAAGCUGCGGGGCCAAGCGUGCGUCCAUGCGAGAAGAAAGUAGAAUGAGUAGAGCGGCGUUCAUGGAAUAAAAAUCUGAUUGACUGAGUAAGAUCAAGCUGGACCCACAUGACCCUACUACUCAUUCCAUAAGUGCAUAGAAUUCUGAUGUUAAAGCUGGUCGCUUAUGUGGUGUAACUUUAGUACUUUAUGAUCGUGUUUUCAAGAAAAGACAUCUCUUUCCAUUUAUCAACACUAGUACUUCGUUGUUAUGUUUGCAAAGUGAAAACAGUUUUUUUCUAUUGUGUUCUUGAAAAUGUUCUGAAACUUUAAAACCAGAUUUGGGAAAAAACAACGACAGCAUGCAACUUUUCUCGCACGCAUUUUCGACUCUAAGAGUUCUAGAUUACUAGGGAGGGGAAAGAUAAUAUUGGAAUAAAACUUUAUAACAAUGAUUUACACCUUCGCAAAUGAUUUGCUGACAUUUUAAGACUUCUUGGAAAACAAAAAGAAAAAGGGCCUAGCUUAAUGUUUUUGGUAUCGCACGACCUUUAUUGUUCAUUCUGUCCGUCUCCUUGUUUUCCCAACUGGUUUCCUUUUACUUGGGAUGAUUCAACAAUAAGUCGAAACACGGAGACUCGAUUUUUUCUUGUUUCCAAUUUGUUUAGGUAUUUUUUGUCAGUUUUUAGACAAAAACAAUGUAAAGGUAGUUUUUUUCGCUGUAAUGUUUUCAAGUAAAAAUUAAUAUUUCUUUUGUUUUAAUCCUUUAGUACUCCAACCACCUUGUGUCUUUAGGGAAUUACGAGAAGCAAUGGAUAAAGACGAAUUGAAAACAUUCCUUACUAUUCACAUCAGAGAAGGUGCAUGGCAGGUGGUGCUGCCGUUUACGGAUGAGCUCCCCAUGGUUAAACUACCACGGGACUGGUGUGGUAUAAUUCAUAACGAGGACGAGGAGGUGUCUAAUGAAGUGAUAUACAGUUCGACUUCAGGCAUAUUGAAUGUGUGGCCAACAGAGUACGACCCUGAUUUGAUAACACUGUGUAAAGCGAUCACCAACAGGGACUGGAAAGUAACCAGAUUAAUUCUCUCAAGGAGUCGGAUAUCUGAUGAAGGUUUGAAGAACUUGAGUACAGCGCUUCCUCAGAGUGAACUUUACAGCUUGACACUGCAUGGCAAUGAUUUACAAAGUCAAGGAUUAAAAUACCUGUGUGAAGUGCUGAUCAGUAGUGACUGCCACUUAACCAGCUUAAACGUCAGUUUCAAUAGGUUAGGAGACGAAGGAAUCGUGCUCUUGAGUAACGCGCUAACCAGCGUUAACUGCAGAUUAACCACCUUAAACGUCAGUGAUAAUAGGUGGGGAGACGAAGGAAUCGAAUACUUGUGUAACGCACUAACCAGCAUUGACUGUACAUUAACCAGCUUAAACGUCAGUGACAAUAAGUUUGGAGACAAAGGAAUCAUGCACUUGUGUAACGCGCUAACCAGCGUUAACUGCAGAUUAACAAGCUUAAACGCCAGUUACAUUCAGUGGGGAGAGAAGGGAUUGAAACACUUGUGUGAUGGACUUACCAGCAGUAACUGUGUGUUAACAAAAUUGAAAAUCGGUUCUAUUAGAUUAGGAGAUGGAGGAAUCAAAGAAUUGUCUGGAGCUUUAACCAACGGAUUCUGUACAUUGACAAGUUUAGACAUAAGCAACAAUAAAUUUGGAGAUGAAGGAAUCAAGCACCUGUGUAAGGCCUUGACUGAUACCAACUGCAAACUACGGAGCUUAGACUACCACGGAAAUCGGAAUGUAACUGAUAAAGGCAGAAAAUAUUUGUCUCAAAUGUUAACUGGUACUGAUUGGGAAGUUAGAGGAGCACAACUUUCCCGUUCAACUACAAAGUAGACCAAGUAACAAGUCAGAGUCACAGAGACCUGACAGAUUCCUCCUGUUACGUUUCGCUUGUCAUGAAGUAAAUUCCAUUUUUAUAAAUGACAACUUAGAGAUUACUGUUCAAGGUGCGUAAUUAGAUAACUGACCUUCUAGUCACUAUCACUUGUUGAACGGAGUAUUAAAAAUGACCAGCAGUGAGGCAGUCGAAACAUCGCGAUCAAGAGUUUAGAAAUGACUCGGUAUCAUGACUCAAACGAUUAUUAAACGUUCAUUAUUCGAUAAACGAACUUCACUGUUUAAAAAAAUAGACUACAAAUGCAACUGCAAUUUCGUAUAACGGGUCUGUUGGCAAUAAUGUUAUACCUUUUGUAACAAAAAGUUUUGAACUACAGGGAAUUGGUUAUACUGGUGAUUUAGCUGUAAAAAGAUGCCAAAAAUAUUAAAUUAUAUUUUGGUAACCUAUUUAAUGAAUAUCGUUGUUUUCUAAAAGAAAACCUUUAAAAAGUCUACAUGAAUUAGUGACGUAUAAAUAAGUAAUAAGUAACAACAUAUUCUCAAUAUUUAUAGGCUUUCGUAUUUUUAGUGGGUAGACUCCAAGGGUAUAAUGUUUAAGCUUAAUUGCAAUACACUUGAAUACACUUGUUCGUUUUCGAAGCCAAAUGUAGGUGUUGUAUACUCGUUCAAAUGAGUUUAUUUGGACUUCGCCUAGUAAGUCAUUUACGCAAAGCUUGUACUCUAACUUGUAAUUUUUUUUCAUCCUAGCUGAUGAUUUUAUGAAGAGCAGAGUUAUGUAUUACUCUAAAAUUACAUACUAAUGAGAAGAAAGUGUCUUACGGGUUACGUAGUCCUUAUAAUGUAUAAUCUCUUUUUCAAUUUACUAUAUUUUGGAAAGGACCACACUAAACUGCGAAGUAUGUUAACCAAGGACAUUAAAUAUGUACAAGGACUGCUGUUGAAUUCGAAUGUAAUAUAUGUUGUUUUAUUUUUUCGAUCCUCGCUUUCACUGAAUCUGUCAACAAAGCCUUAAUGAAGGGAACACGAGCUGGAAUACACGUAUCCGUUUUAUUUGGACACGAAGGUUCAUUUCCUGUUUGUAUUUGGCCGAGAAUGAAUAGAAGUAACUCCCUCCCUGGUCAAACGCAAAACUUUAAAUGGCUUGCGCAAGAGCCUGGUUCAGGGCUCUUUGUGGGAAAGUGUUGAGUAAUUUUGGAAGGCAGGAACGCUCUUUCAUAAAACCAACUGCUUGGGCUUAGCCUUAGACUUCCCUUCGAUCCUCUUGAAAUUAACUGACAAUAGAGGUCUGUAGUUCUCCAAUUUGAUUUGGGCUCCUUUCAUGGAAAGCAGAAUAACACCGAGCUGUUUUCAAAAAUUAAACAAACAAAAAGGCAGCUACAUUCCCGGCUUUAGGAAUGAUACCUAGUUUGAAUGAAUUAUUAAACAAAGAGUUUAAGGGCGAGGCUAGGGAGUUAAUGCUACAUUUAAAGGUUCUUACCUGGAUAAAUGUCGUCGGGGCUGAAGCUUCUAUGGGCUUUUAAGAGUCUGUCCGCAAGAGGACCGGGUAGGCAUGACACGUGCCAUCUCACCGAUUUCUUUCAAACUUUCACAGCUUAUGAGAGUCACUAAGUUAUUCAAGAAUCCACAGUGGUUCGGGCUCCCGGCUAAUCCUUAGGGUAUUAGAGCCGCCACAUCGAAUCCCUGGGUAAAAGGCUAAAAUUAGUUCGAAAAAUGCACUUCCAACGGAUCUCUCUCACACUAACAGAAUGCGUGGAUCUUAAUCUUAUUUUGUCCAAUGGUUGUUUGAACCUUAAGGAAACAAUUCCUUAAAGUUGGGGUAAUUUGAUAUAACUUCUGCCAAUUUAGAGCAGUUAAUCAUUAACUGUGUCACGCAACUAUUCCAAAAUAGAAAAAAUUAGGGUUUUUUUAAUUGCAAAUAUCUCCAAUGAGCAACAUUGUAUUGCAACAAACAUUGGAAGGAAGUAUUGCAAGUGCCCCCAAUUUCGGAAUCAAGACAAGACCACAACGGCGUGAGCUACGUUCCCUUCUCUUUACGAAUAGUGCGUGGGUUGUUUAACGUCCCUUGCUAACCAGUUAUGGCAACUUGGGGCUGAGAUGCUGCCACAUGAAACCUUCCAACAUCCUUAGAUGACUAGCUAGGUGGCUGAAUCCCAUAGAAAACCGUAGUAAAAGCUGUUUCCUUUAAGUUUUGCUGCAAAAACUUUAAAAAAAAGUAUGUAUUGUAGAAUCGUUUUUUGUGGCUUUUUUGUGGUUUUUGCGUGCGCCCCUCUAUCGCGUCCUAUUUAGGUUUAAAAAAAAUUUCGAAUUUUCGACACUUAGUGGUCAUAUAUAGUGAAAUUCGUUUUGAUUGAGUUUGUUUGAGCCGGAAGGGAAGAAAUUUGGCACUCGGUCAUGGCGCACGGACGUCGUUGCGCUUGGUCCGUCAUGACCUCGACUCAAAUAUUUUCCGUCCGGCCCUUCCACUCAGGUAAUAAGUAAAUAUUUUUUUCUGUUGGAAAUUGUGGAGAACUGUGUUUUUGAGGCUGUCCCAUUUAAAAAAAGCUCUUUUCCAUAUUUUACACUUUUCAAGCUCUCAUCCCAAAAGAUUCAAGGGAAAGUUGUUCAAAGCUUUGAUGCCCACCAUCCUGUACCUCUUCAUAUUUUGGAAAGAGCCUUUUUGCAACAGUGGCGUAGUCUAUCGACGUAUUUUAAAAUUUCCUCUGCUGCGUUUUAACAAUUACCAUCUCGGACUUAAAACUCAACCUCAAUUUCACCAUCCUCGCGCUUGUUGACCGCGACAGAAACGUACAAUGACCUGCCCAUAAUCCCGAACCAUUUUCUCUGUGUUUCCUGUUAACCAACUAAGGAGAAUUUUAAGGUCAAGUUCAUAAUCACGAGCACUUGGUUAUUGGCCAGGUUCUUUAUAACAGUGCAGCGUCUCAAAGAGCUGCUCUGAGGAUGUGCGCUAUCCAAAAUGAAGGGUCUAAGAUUAGGAAAUGGAGAAAACUUGUUCACCAAGGAGGAAUAACUUUCAUUUAUCCAAAUUGCUAGAUAUUUAAGCAGGCUAUUAGCCUUUAGUAAGGCCGAUCUCCUGAAUGGAGUUGUAAGUGCCUCCUUGGAGGAUGAUUAUACGAGCAAUACGUCAGCAAUGCCGUAGAGAUGGAGACGAGAUUUCAGAUAAGGAAGAGAACUAGAAACUUCUUACCGGUACAAAAAGAUUUUUAAAAGUGACUGUCAGAUAAUCUUCUUCUUGUGAGUAACCUAUGGAAUCAUUGGCUUCAGCGUGAGUAAAAAGAGGCGUUUAUGCUGUUAAAAGGGACUAAUAAUCAAAAAUGGACCGAUUAAGACCCUUUAUUAAAAAAAAAAAUUCAGAAACCUCUCCCUGCCUUAGUCUAAAGAAAUCGGAAUCUUGAUAGAUCUUUUACAUCUGAGAAGCCAAUCUCACUCGUCAGAGCUAAGUUUUUUUUUUCCUUCUUUGUUUUUUUUUUUCAAUUAGAGGUUAAAUGUAACAGGAACAACUGUUCAGUAAUGUACCUAAAAUUGGAUAAAGUCUUCUCAAAAUUAUGGCGCAUCGAGUAAAAUUAUAAUAGGUAUAUAAAGUGGUUCAUUUGUGUAAAUUACAUUUGGCAAACUUCGCUGUCAACUGCCGACGUCCAUUACUCAGUUCGGUAAUGUUUAAUGUAUGAUAAAUACAUACAUUUAUGAAUCAUUUUUUCCAAUGGAUUGUGUCAGCGUCACAGAAUUUCUAUGAUAAGAGACUUCUUAGCUGGGCAGCCAUACAUCUGUUGUUUUUAGACAUUAGUUCCACAAAAACUAGGGUCGGCGAUCCCAUUCUCAAAUUGAAAUUGAGUGAACAAACAUUAGUUUAUCACCCAAAAUUGCAUAAAUUAACGUCAGAAGUCACGUAUUUUAGAGGGAAGUGAUCACGAAUCUUUUACAGAGGCCAAAAAUGUUUUUGUCCACAAAUGUAGUGUUAAGGUAGGUCUUUGCUGUGAUAGUAUGUUUCUCGUCAAACAAUGUUGCUCAGUGGAAAUAUUUGGAAUUAAAAAAUCCUUAUUCCUUUUUGGAAUAGUUGCGUGACACAGUUAAUGAUUAACUGCUCUAAAUUGGCAGAAGUUAUAUCAAAUUAGCCCAACCUCAAGGUUUUGUUUCCUUAAGGUUCAAACAACCAUUGGACAAAGUAGGAUUAAGAUCCAUCGCAUUCUGUUAGUGUGGGAGAGAUUCGUUGGAAGUGCAUUUUUCUAGCUAAUUUUAGCUUUUACCCAGGGAUUUGAUGUGGGGGCUCUAAUACCCUAGGGAUUAUCUGGGAACCCGAACUACUGUGGAUUCUUGAAUAACUUAGAGACUCUAAUAAAUUGUGAGAGUUUGAAAGAAAUCGGUGAGAUGGCAUGUGUCACGCCUACCCGGUCCCUUCGUGGACAGACUCAUAAUUCCAACAGGAAAUUUUUAACUUUGAUGCAUUUGAUGCCUGCACGAAAUUCUUUGUCCUAUCAACUUUCAGGAAGUUAAGAGGAUAAGUCAAAUUUUCCGAUAUGAAAUAUCGAUUGAAACUAUUUGCGAUGUUUUUUUGAUCAGUCAGUGUAUCUGUACCAACUUAGAGUACCUCAAGGUCUUUUGUUCAAUUUUUGCUGUCGGCUUCCUUUGCAAUCUUGACACUUAGUGGUUUAAGGUAAUCUCAAAGUGCUUGGUUGAAUGACAUAAUUUUUGUUCUGUUAUUCAAAUAUUGGGAAAGUGUCUAAUGCAUUAAAAGUCCUUCCCGUUAUAACUAAUAUAUUCUGGCUUAGUAUUUUGCUUUUUUUGAAAACAUCUCUUGAUAUUCAAAUCACCAAUUUGCCGAGGUAUUUUUUGUGGUUUGUCAGAUUUGAGACAAAAACAAAAACAAAAAAUUCUGCAAAGGUGAUUUUUUCGCAAUUAUGUUUUCAAGUAAAAUACUGAUAUUCUAUUUGUUUUAAUCAUUCAGUACUCCAAUUGAAAUUUCGAAAAGCAGUGGAUAAAUACAAAUUGAAAACAUCUCUUCACAUUCACAUAAGAGGAGGUGCAUGGCAAGUGGCGCUGCUGUUUAUGGAUGAGCUACCAACACGUAAACUGUCAUGGGACUGGUAUCAUGAAGUGUGGGACGAGGACGAGGACGAGGACGAGGACGAGGAGAUGUUUAGUAUACCGUUAUACAGUUCAAGUUCAGGCAUAUUGAAGGCGUGGCCAACACAGUACGACCCGGGUUUGGUUACACUGUGUAAAGCGAUCACCAACAGGGACUGGAAAGUAACCAGUAUGAUCCUCUCUAGUAGUCGGAUAUCUGAUGACUACUGCGGUUACUCAGAGUGA